AUGAUCAAAAUAAUGAUGCAAGACAAAGUUUCACAACAACCAAGAAACGUCAAUAUUGCCGGUACAAAUUCUAAUAGCAACAUGCACAUUUUACAACCCGUCAUGCAAGGCGUCACUAAUUGCUCACCACCGCACAAUUUCUUCAAUAAUAACCCAAAUGCCACCUACGUGUACACUCCAAGUUCCAGUUUAAAUUCAAAUGCCAACUCUAAUUCCUCAUUAAAUCUCCCAGCAACAGCCGUUUCUGCUCCUUCCUCUGCCCCUAUGCCCAUGCAAACAUCAUAUAGGUACCAAUUGCCCCCAGUUCAGAAUUAUAAUAAUACAAUGCCAUCGCAGCAACCAAUUUAUGAAAGAAGACAUUCUGUCUCCAUUGGGGAACUAAAUGAAAAUAAUAACAGUCUUAAUCAAUCACAAAACAUAGCCAUGUUACAGAGUGUUCCAAUGAGAAGAUCGUGUCAAACUACAGCACCUUCCACCCUUCGAGACUCAUCAUCAAUCACAUUACCUCCAAUACUGCCCACUUCAACUGGUAACACUAAGAACCCUUCUAGAGGCUCUUUCUCAGAUGACCCCUUAGGAAUUGUAGUUUAUAAUCAAGGGGAGAGAUUAAAUGAAUAUGGUCAACUCAUAGGUAAAUCAGGUAAACUUCUAAGGAACACAAGGAGAGCUGCUCAAAAUAGAAAUGCUCAAAAGGCAUUCAGAAAGCGUAGAGAACAAUACAUUAAAAACUUGGAAGAAAAAUCAAGAAAGUUCGAUUCCAUUGUCAAGGAAAAUGAAUCAUUAAAGAGAAGUAUACAUUUAUUAAAACAACAAUUAAACAAAUAA